AUGUUUAAGAAGGAAACAAAUAUCCGAGAUUUAUUUGCCGAGAAUGAGAAACCAAUUCAGAUAGUAUUGAAACGUAGAGCAUCAUAAGAAAGUAUAAUUUGAAUAAGAAAGUAGUGUUACCAAAGGUGAGUGUGUCACCAAAAUUAAUGGAAUAACCAAAAUUAAGUGUUCAUGUUUGUUAAGCUUAGAUGCAUAGUCCUGAAAGAAAGACAUAUUAUUUAGGAGAGUUGAAAACAACAAAGAGAAAACCUUUACCACAUAGCAAUAGUAUUACAAUAAAGGUAGAAUGUAUAAAGUUUAAAGUUUAAGUAUACAAAUUUAAGUACAACAUUGACAACGAAUUAAUGUAAUAGUUAUGUUGGAAAGAUAAAUUAUACAUUAAAAUUUGUAAUAGGAUGGGGUGGAUUUGGAAAGGUUUGGAAAGUGGAACAUAAAAGAUCUAGAUAAAUCUAUGCUAUGAAGGAAUUGCAAAAAGCUAAGUAAUUAGGAUUGAGGACUUAGGAUUUUAGGGAAGAAUUCAGUAAAAUCAGUGUUAAACGAGAAGAAUUUACUUUAGAAGUUGAAACAUCCAUUUAUAGUAAAUAUAGUGGCAGCAUUCCAAGAUAGAGAGACAUUAUAUUUAGUAAUGGAUUAUCUUUCAGGAGGAGAUUUAAGAUUUCAUUUGAUAUUGAAUAAAUCAUUUAAAGAAGAUUAAAUAAGUAAAAAUAUCAUAUAAAUAAUAAAGAAUUUUUUAUGGCAUGUUUGAUUUUAGGACUUGAAU